AUGAAUGAAUAAUUUAUUAAAGAAGAGAUUAUAAUUUCGGAUGAUUCAGAUUCUGACGAAUGCUUAAGUUCAAUCACUCUCGAUUGUCUCCGCUGCAAUAAAACCGAAACAUUAUUUAGUACCACAAUAAAAACGACCUGUAAAGAAUGUAAAAUAAAUAUGUCAUAGGUAUGCGACAAAUGUACUCUUGGAUAUGAAUAAUUGCCUGCAUUGUAUAGACACUUAAAAGUACAAUGUCGAUCCUCGUUACCCAAUGGACAAGCACUGAGUAAGAAAUUCUUUUACAUAAAAGAAUAUGUCUUUGCAUUCUUGGCGAACGAUGGGAGCAAUCGUAAUCGUAAACUUGUCAAAUUAUGGCAAACAAGGAAAUGCAAAAUGUGUCGUAAACGUAAGAUGAAGAUGUGCUUCGAGUGCGCCAUAUGUGGCAGGAAGAGUUACACUUGGUACUCGAGUCUCUAUGUGCACGGAAAGCUCCGCUGUCAAUCACCGUUAAAGACACGAUACAGCAGCGACUGUAAUUUUAAGUGCACGAGUCAGUGCGUCCUGGGGAGACACGGGAAACAGCAUAUCUUUGAGUUGAGCCGUAUCUGUGAAGACCCACGUCUUCAACAUUAUCGUGGUAUAAGCUUUUAUUAUUGCAAGUUUUGCACCUACAAGUACAAAUGCCAAGAUAAUGUCAAGAAGCACCUACUGUCCUGCCACAAGGAUGCUGUGCGAGUCGAAAGCAUUGACAAUAUCAUUGGAGGAGAGUCAUGCGGUAAGGAGUCGCAAUAUGAGUGGAAUAUUCGUUACUUCAGGACUUUAAGAUAUCUUACGUGCCAUAUGCGCAAGCUGCAUAACGAGAAUCGACGUUCUUGCGUUUGCUCCGUCAGCGGAAUCGAAUACAAAACUAAGAAGACUCUUCAGAGGCAUACGUUACUUGUCUGUAAAUGA